AUGAAUUUUUCACCGGAUAACCCAUAUACUCAACAUAAUAAAGAUAUUAUUAAUAAGCCUUUGCAACAAGAAAAAACAAUUGUUAUCGCACCACCUCCAAAGAAACAACCGAGAAAACUUUGUAUUGGAAACACGUAUUCUUCUAACAUUGAUUUUGAAGUCGCAGACCCUGUAAUUGUUGUUGAUUCAACGAUACCAGAAUGUGAUCGUUUUCGUAUGAUAAGGAUAAAAGUUGAUGCUGAAAAUAACCCAUUUGUAAAUUGGAAAAUUAUGCCAAGCGACUUCAAAGUUCCCGAAAAUUAUCACGCACGAUGCAGUAAAACAGAAACAACAAUUAACGAAGAACGUAUACGUAUUGAUGCAUUUUCUGUUAUUCCUAAGAAUAUGAAUUCAGAUGCGUUUUUUGAGAUGGAAAUAGAACUUAAUGAAGGGUUCAGUUAUUGUGUUUUUAAUUGUCAAGAAGAAUCUGAUGAAGAGUUGCAACCGAAAAAACAGGAUAUAACCGAAAUACACGACGAAGAUACAUCUGAUGAAAGCACAGUUUUAUCUCAAGACGGAUAUCCCAAUAAUGAAGAGACAACACAGGUAUCUUGA